CUAAUUUCAUACAUUUAUAAUUUUAAUAUAUCUAGUAAAAUCUAAUCCUAUUUCAUGAAGAAUAUGGAAUAAAUAAAGGAAAUUUUGAAACAUGGAAUAAGUAAUUGGAAAUUUUGAAAUUAUGUUUAACAGUUUUUCGACUUUGAGGACAAUGCAGACUGGUUGUAGAUGUAUAUUGAAGCAUUUAAGGAGGCUUAAUUACUUUGUGUAUAAUCCUUUUCUUUAUACUUGUUUUUUCAAACAAGAAAUAUUACAAAAUAAGUUGUAUUAUCGAUACAAUUUUUACUUGCCAAAAUAUUUUGUUACCACUUCAUCUGUUCCAUCAAAAAAAAAGUCUGUAUCCAAUAUAGAAGAUUUGAAAAAUUAUAUUAAUGAAGAAAAACAAUUUUAUUUAAAACUAGUCGCAAAUAUUUUAAAUAAUAUAAAGUUUGAUAGUCUUUCAUCUGAAGAUGCUAGAUUACUGUUUACAUGUUGUGGAAAUUCUGUUGCUGAUUCUUCUAAACAGGCCAGAGAUAAAAUUUGUCAAGAGAUUUAUAAAAACCUGUUAGAUUGUAAUAAAUUAGAUUUGAACAUUUCGCAUACCUAUAUCGAAAUAUGUACAGAAAACAGUGUAGUAUUAAACUGUAAAGAAUUUUUAUCACAAGUAAAAUUUGAACCUAACCAGAAGACAUAUAAACUACUGUUAGAUAAUGUUUGUCAAAAAGCAGAUAUUGUACAAGCAUUAGAAUUAUUAGAAACGAUGAAAAUCAAGGGCAUAUCUGUUAAUGAGGAAAUAUUUAACGAUUUAGUCUUAGCACAUACAAUUCAAGGAGGUCUUAAGUCUGGAGAAAUUGUGUUACGAACCAUGAAAACUGCGCAGAUUCCCGAAACAACUGCUACUAAAUAUUCAGUUUUAAAGGGUAUUUUACAAAGAGGUAACUCUGAAGACAUCGAUCAAGUAUUAGAAAGAUAUCCAAUAGAUUUGACUGAGGGACAAGUUCUAGAACUUCUUGAAAUAGUGGGAUUGGGUGGUAAUAUUUCUUGGCUGAAUAAGAUUAAACAUAUGUAUAGUAAUAUAGAUAUUACAAGGGAUUAUAUAAACGCUCUUGAAAAGAUAUGUGUACAUCUUGUUCACAUGGAUAAAUCUGAAUAUGCAAUGACUAUUUAUGAAGAAUUUGUUGAUCCAGAAAAAGACCAAAACUAUGGAUUCUUUAUUUUAAAAGAAAUGUUGCACUGUGAUGUGGAUAUCGAAAGGACUAUAACAUUAUGUAAACAUUUGCAUGAUAAUAAUUUAAAUAAUUAUGCUCUACAACACUUGACAGAGUUAGCACUGAGGCAUAAUUAUACAGAAGCAUCUUGGAGAUUGUUAGAAAACAUGCCAGUUUUGAGACCACAUUUCUUCUGGCCAUUGCUGUUGGAUGCUAAUAGAAAACAAGGAGAAAUAGGUAUAUUUAAUGUUUUACAAAAAAUGGUUGACUUGGGUGUGGAAAUAAACUGGGAAACGAUGCAUACAUAUGUACUUCCAGUAUGUAAUACAGAUAAUUUAAAAUUGACUAUAACGAAAUUAAAGAAUUUAAAAGUCACUGCCAAGGACGCAGUUAAUUCUCUGUUGAUAGUACUUCUUCAGAAUAAUAAAGUAAAACAAGCUGCAGAGUUGUGUAGCACAUACAACGUAAACAUAUUUGGUGAGAAGUUACUUCGAUUAUUUUCUUCAUCGUGGAUUACUUCAAAAGAUACAAAUUCAGUUGUUGUACUGCUACAGAGAUAUUGUGAAUCAAAUCAUACAAAAAAAGAUUUUGUGGGCGAUUUCCUUACAGAAACAUUAAAUUCAUGCACAAGUAAUAAUGAUUUUAUAGAGUAUGCUAAACUAUUGGAGUUGAUAAAUAAAAAGAAGUUAAGAAUAAAUACUGCAACAGCUGAUAAUUUACAUAAUUUAACUUCUUCAAAAUGCAAAGAUUCAGAAGUUUGUGAAAAAAUUAAAGAUGGAAUUGAUAAGUUGAUGGACUUUGGCUUAAAUCCAGAACCAGCAUAUAUUCCUCAUCCGCAAAACAUGACCAUUGAUGAACUAGAAUGUCAUUUAUUGGAACUUCAAGAAAAAAAUAUGGAGACAAGAGGGGUACUUCGUAAAUUAAUUCAACAACAUGCUAACUUGGGACAUUUAGACAGAGUGAAUGAACUGAGAGAGCAGUUUUUAUUUGCUGGAUACGAAGAAACGGUGGGCAUGAAAUCUUCCCUAAUGCACAACUAUAUUAAAAAAGAGUGUUUAGAACAGGCUUUGAGUAUCUAUAACAAUAUUAAACUUACUAGUCCCCACUUUAAAAUUGACAACUUUAAAGUAAUCGAUUUGGCAACAUUAUUGGUGAAGGAAGAGAAAUAUGGCGAAGCAAUGGAUAUAUUGAAAAUUGAGACAUCAAAAAAAUUAUUUGCGGGGUCUGGAAUAGAAAAAAACUGUAGGCAAUUACUAGAUUCCUAUAAAAAUGCAGAAGAGCAGCUCAAAAUGUUCGAGUUUUUAGUUGAAUAUGGCUACUGUAAACCUACUAAUAUUAUUUUUGGACCUCUGGUUCGAAUACAUUUAAAAAAAGAUCUGCAAAAAGGUGUAAACACAUACUUAAAUUGUGCCAGUGACUAUAAGUGUACACCAUUACAGUUGGAACUUAUAAAGGAAUUAUUAAAAGAACAAAAUGAUAGCUUACUCCAAAGUGUUAUAAAGGCUACCGAAAAAGUACAUGGAGUGGUGUCAACUCGAACUGUAUUAAUUGCUGCAUUAGCUGAGAAUGGCCAAGAAAAGGCACUACAAAAACUAUUUGUGGCAAACAAACUUAAUAUUAAAGAAGAACUGCAAAAGAGAUGCGAUAGGUGGGUCCAAGAAGGUAAAGUGGAAGCUAUGCAGACUUUGGCUAGAGUUUGCGAAAGAUUGUCACAAGAAGUUUUUAAUGUAAAUAUUAUUUACAACUGUAUAAUGCGGACGUAUAGUUUAAAUAAUGACUAUAAAAGUGCCUUAGAGUUUUAUGAACAAUUAUUAGAAAAAGAUAUAUUUAUAGAUAAACAAUUAGAGGUACAGUUAACGAAGUUAAAAAAAAAUUGUAACUUAAAGGAAGUUAUAAACAAUAUUUAAUCAACUUAUCAUUUUAUUUGAAAGAACCAUCCUCCAUGCAGACAUCGAAAAUACCUGAAC